UUCUCUCUGACCUUAAAUAUGGCAGACGCCGCGAAACUGUCGAAGAAGAAAAACUUUAGAAAAAGGAAGCAGUCUUCAGAUAGUGAUCUCGAUUCAGAUGAAAAUGUUGAAACUGCGACAAAACUUGGUGACAUCAAAGAGUUACAGAAGUCACGAGAGAGGCAGAAAGGUGUAAACAUUGUAGGUCUGGCACUGGGCAAAAAAAUACCAAAAACUGAAGAUGUUGACAGUCAUGAUCCAUUUAAGAUGAAAACUGGUGGAUAUGUGGACAUGAAGGCUUUAAAGUCACAAGGUACCGUAUUGACAGAGGAAGAGAAAGAUGCGAUUGGUACAGCAUUUGCUGCUGAAACUAACAGAAGAGAUGAAGAUGCUGAAAUGGCCAAAUUUGUUGAAGAAGAAUUAAAGAGGCGAAAAGGGGUAAAACCAGUGGAGAAGAAAGGACAGUUCAGUUCUGAGGAGAAAGACAGCUUGUUUGAAUUGCCAGAGCAUCUUAAAUCUGUGACAUCCAAAUUUAAGAAGUCGGAGGACAUGUUGUCUAACCAGAUGUUGUCCGGUAUACCAGAGGUUGAUCUUGGAAUUGAAGCUAAGAUAAAAAAUAUAGAGGAGACAGAAGAAGCAAAGCAGAAGUUGAUCAAGGAGAGAAUGAAGAAGAAAGAAACUGUGUCUGAGUUUGUUCCUACAAACAUGGCUGUUAACUUUGUACAGCAUAACAGAUUUAACAUUGAAGAUACAGCACCAGUUUUAAAGAAAGAAGAGCCAGUACCAGCCAAGCAAGCCAGAGUUGAAGACCCUGAAUUAAGAAAGAAAGAUAACCGCCCGCUCACUGUACAACCAGACGAGAAAGCAACAGACAAUUUCCACUUUGACAGAUUUAAAAAGCAGAUGAGAAGAUGAUAUCAGACUGUAGAUACAGGUCUCCAAGACUUGCAGUGUAUCACAUAAGCAAAAUCAAAUGACUUCUGGUCACCACAGAUACUAGACUGGAAUAAUUGGUCAAGAUAGCAUCUACUGACCCCUCAAAACUCAACCAGCGAGUGUGAAACAUCUCUUUGCAUUUUUUUGAUUGCACGUCAAGGACACUUUGGAUUUCUGACAGAGUUGCUGUGUUUCUAGGAGAGUUCCUAAAGAACUUAUAGACUGAAUUAAGUAUCUCUUGAUACUUCACCAAGUAUGGAAUGGUGUCGGCUCCUGUACAACAACUAAGUGCCAAUCGAUGCGCAAUACAAUGAGUUGCCAAGACCCCAGGGACUGUGUCCUUCAACCUUUUUACGACCCCAGACUUGUGUCCUGUCAUUACAGAAGCACCAUCAGUGCUUACACCACACAGACCAUUUAUGUUUAUAGAUUUAUUCUGUAACAAUUCAACAACCUUUGUGUAAAUGCUCUCGGCAUCUGCUCUAUACAGUUCAUUACGUCCUAGAAAGAAUGUUUCUGGUUUAACAACACCACAACUGUCUAUUGUUAAUACACGUAUGUAUGUUACAAGAUUUUGCUUCACAGAAAUGUCUGUACUCUCGUCUAUCAUGAUACUGAAUUUUUUUGAUUUUGUCACUUUACUUAAAAUAUCAUCAUUUAUCACAGUCAUAAUACUGUCUUGAAAAUCAUCUAUGCUGGUGUUGUUUUCAUAUGUUGUAUGCCCAUCUACCUUCAGAUCAGUCCGCUUUGUUACACCCUGAAAGAAGAAAAAAUAAAAAUUAUAAUAAAUUAUAAAUAUUGUUAACUAUAAAAUAUUCUUAACCAGAUUAAUAUAAAUGAUACUGUUAUAACAUUAUUUUCUCAAAUAAUAUAGCACUAAAUUAUUAUGUCUCCCCAAGGAGACAUAUUGUUUUUGCCCUGUCCGUCCGUCCGUCCGUACGUCACACUUCAUUUCCGAGUAAUAACUGGAGAACCAUUUGACCUAGAACCUUCAAACUUCAUAGGGUUGUAGGGCUGCUGUAGUAGACGACCCCUAUUGUUUUUGGGGUCACUCCGUCAAAGGUCAAGGUCACAGGGGCCUGAACAUUGAAAACCAUUUCCGAUCAAUAACUAGAGAACCACUUGACCCAGAAUGUUGAAACUUCAUAGGAUGAUUGGCCAUGAAGAGUAGAUGACCCCUAUUGAUUUUGGGGUCACUCCAUCAAAGGUCAAGGUCACAGGGGCCUGAACAUUGAAAACCAUUUCCGAUCAAUAACUAGAGAACCACUUGACCCAGAAUGUUGAAACUUCAUAGGAUGAUUGGUCAUGAAGACUAGAUGACCCCUAUUGAUUUUGGGGUCACUCCAUCAAAGGUCAAGGUCACAGGGGCCUGAACAUUGAAAACCAUUUCCGAUCAAUAACUAGAGAACCACUUGACCCAGAAUGUUGAAACUUCAUAGGAUGAUUGGUCAUGAAGAGUAGAUGACCCCUAUUGAUUUUGGGGUCACUCCAUCAAAGGUCAAGGUCACAGGGGCCUGAACAUGGAAAACCAUUUCCGAUCAAUAACUAGAGAACCACUUGACCCAGAAUGUUGAAACUUCAUAGGAUGAUUGUACAUGCAAAGUAGAUGACCCCUUUCGAUUUUGGGGUCACUCCAUUAAAGGUCAAGGUCACAGGGGCCUGAACAUUGAAAACCAUUUCCGGUCAGUAACUUGAGACCCACUUGACCCAGAAUGUUGAAACUUAAUAGAAUGAUUGGUCAUGCAGAGUAGAUGACCCCUAACGAUUUUGGGGUCACUCUGUGAAAGGUCAAUGUCACAGGGGCCUGAACAUUGAAAACAAUUUCCGGUCAGUAACUUGAGAAGCACUUGACCCAGAAUGAUGAAACUUCAUAGGAUGAUUGGUCAUGCAGAGUAGAUGACCCCUAACGAUUUUAGGGUGACUCUGUUAAAGGUCAAGGCCACAGGGGCCUGAACAUGGAAAACCAUUUCCAAUCAAUAGCUUGAUAACCUCUCGACCCAGAAUGUUGAAACUUCAUAAGAUGAUUGUUCAUGCAGAGUAAAUGACCCCUAUUGUUUUUGGGGUCACUACGUUAAAGGUCAAGGUCACAGAGGCCUGAACAUUGAUAACCAGUUCCGAUCAAUAACUUGAGAACCACUUGACCCAGAAUGUUGAAACUUCAUAGGAUGAUUGAACAUGCAGAGUAGAUGACCCCUAUUGAUUUUGGGGUCAGUCUAUUAAAGGUCAAGGUCACAGUGGCCUGUUCAUGUUAAAUCAUUUUUUGGAAAUAACUUGAGAACCACUUGACCUACAAAGUUGAAACUUAAUAGGAUGAUUGGACAUGCAGCGUAGAUGACCCCUAUUUAUUUUGAGGUCACUUUAUCAAAGGUCAAGGUCACAGGAGCCUGAACAGUGACUUGAGAACCACUAGGCCAAGAGUGUUGAAAUUUAGCGGGAUGACUGGACAUGCCAAGUAGAUGAUCCCUAUUGCAGCCAACCAUCAGUGUCUCUUUGACUUUCGCUCCUGACCCCUAUUGACUUCUUGCCUAUAGGACUUUGCAUCGGGGGAGACAUGCGCUUUUUUACAAAAGCAUUUUCUAGUUUUUUAUUGAACUGAUUUUUAAAUCAGAUUUGUAAACAAAUAUUUGAAACCAAAACUUACUUGUUUGAUACAUAGAUUGUUGAGAUCUGGAACAAUGGAACUCAGAAGGUGCUGCUUAGCAGUAAAGUAAACAUUUCUCAUGACUGCUGUCACCGCCUCUUCACUCUUACUUGCUGCUUUCACGACCGCAGUCUCUACGGCUUUUCAAUGUUUUGAGGCGUCCACGGCAUCUUUAUGAUCUGAAAAAAUAAUGUUAAUAAUGUGUUAUUAGUACAUGUACAUAGACAUAUGUUGACAAAUAAUUACUAAGAUUCAUUUAUUUAUAUAUUGACAAACAUUUACUAAGAUUUGUUUAUUUACCUAAGAUUGAUUUUAUGUCUGAUGAAUAAAAUAUUGUUUUCCAUUAAUAACAACUAAAAUAUAUUUUGAUCACA